UCACAAUCCAUCGUUUCUCCGAAUCACGGUGGCAACAAUAUGGAGGUUUAAUCCGGAUGAAUUUUGUUUUCUCUAUCCGUUCGUGGAGCUUCAACCCUGAAUAUGAAUGAGUCGUUCGUGAGUCGGUAGCAACAUAGGAUCUGAUUGUCGAAUUCGCAGCUCGAACAUUACGUAGGAGCUAUGGAUCGGAUGAGACCUGUAUAUACUCGGCAGAAAAGUAACACUGGCACCCCACUGGCUCCAGAGUCGCCAUUGGUGUCAUCGAUUCCCCACCAUGCGCGAACAGGUUCAACUGGCUUGGCAAAUUCCAAGAGAGGACAGAACAAUGCAGCGAAAGCUGCAGCACAAAGGCUUGCAAAAGUGAUGGCAAGUUCAGCUGAUGAUGAGGAUGAAGAAGAUGAUCUUUCUUUUGAUUAUAGUUUGUCAAGUGGCACAGGGAGCAUUGGACUAGCAGGUGGAAGAUCAGUCAGAUCCCGCUCUCCUAUGCCAUCUGUUCGUACCAUUCAAGAACAACCUACUUCUAGACAUGCGGGAUCGGGAGGUCGAGCAUCUCAAGCUGUGAACCAUGGAGAGCAGCCAAUGUCGGCUCGUUCAACACUAGGACCUCGAUCAUCUCAAUCUGAUGCUACUGUUGAACAACCACCCAUUUCUCGCACUUCAACAGCUAGAUCCCAGUUCGCCAAUUCCAUAGAGCAAUCUCCAUCUGCUCGUUCGACAUUAAGUAGUCGUCAAAAUUUAGGAGUCAAGACAGUUCCAUUGGUACCUUCUUCUGUACCCAUUUCACUUAAACCAACCUUGCCUGUAACUCCCAAAGAGAGUCAAUUUGAUACUAGAACAUCACUUAGACCAACCUUGUCAGUAACUCCAAAAGAGGAUCAGUUUGAUACUAGAACAUCAGUUAGAUCAACCUUGCCUGUUACUCCAAAAGAGGGCCAGUUUGAUACUAAAAUAUCACUUAGACCAACCUUACCUGUAACUCCAAAAGAGGGUCAGUUCGAUACUAAAACAUCACAUAGACCAACCUUGCCUGUUACUCCAAAAGAGGGUCAGUUUGAUACUAAAAUAUCUCUUAGACCAACCUUGCCAGUAACUCCAACAGAGGGGCACUUUGAUACUAGAAGAGAUAAAAGGUUGUCUUUGGAUAUGGGAAGCAUGAACUUCAGAGAAACUGGCAACCAGCCUUCCAGUUCUGCUUUACAAGAUGAGCUUGAUAUGGUACAGGAGGAAAAUGAAAGUUUACUUGAAAAGCUUCGACUUGCAGAAGAAAGAUGUGAGGAAGCAGAGGCCAGAGCCCGACAGCUUGAGAGUCAGGUUUCUAUGCUUGGAGAAGGUGUGACAUUGGAAGCCCGUCUUUUGAGCAGGAAGGAGGCUGCUUUGCAGCAAAGAGAGGCUGCUUUGAGAGUUGCAUCACAAUCUCAUGGGGCCAAAGGUACUCAUCAUAUUGCUGCACUUAGAACUGAAGCAGAGACUGCAAGGGAUGAGGCAACAUCUGCUUUAGAGCACCUGCACGAAGCUGAGGCUGAGUUGCAGUCACUUCGGAUUAUAACCCAUAGAAUGAUGUUGACUAAAGAAGAAAUGGAAGAGGUUGUUUUGAAGAGGUGUUGGCUUGCUCGAUACUGGGGCUUAUGCAUCCGUUACGGUAUUCAUGCUGAGGUCGCUGGAGCAAGAUCUGAAUACUGGUCAUCUUUUACCUCAAAUCCUGCAGAAGUUGUUCUGGAAGCUGCAAAGAAAGCUAAAGAGGAGAUAGCAAUCAAUGAUUUGGAGGGAAGAGAAAAUCAACAAGACUUGGAUAAAUUUUCCAGUGAAGCAAAUGCCGAGAGCAUGCUUUUAGUGGAGAGAGGUUUACGGGAGCUGGCUGCAUUGAAGGUAGAGGACGCAGUGGCUCUUGCAAUGGCUCGUGAGCGAUGUGCAAAUUUGCUAAAACCAGAUGAAUUGAAGCUGCCAAUAGAAGGACAAUUUGAAGCAUUUGAAUUAAGCCAAGAGGAGAUGGAGGAUGUAUCUUUUAAGCAGGCUUGGCUCACCUAUUUCUGGCGGAGAGCGAAAAAUCAUGAACUUGAACCAGACAUAGCAGAAGAACGUUUAGAGUUCUGGAUCAACCAUAAUAACAAAUCCACUUCUCAUGAUGCUGUCGAUGUUGAGCGUGGCCUCCAAGAGUUGAGGAAGCUAGGUAUUGAAACCCAGCUAUGGGAUAAAUCUCGCAAAGGGCUGGAGCUGAAUCCUAACCGCAAACCUCGUCAAUCUGACUUCUGAAAUUAUUGUGAACUUCCUUCUGAAAUUUAAUAAGAUGGAAGAAGCUCAGAGUGAAUCCCUCCAUUUUUCUCAACCGUUUUGUCAUGAGAAUGUUGGUGUUCUUGUGGAUAAACUAAUACUUCUAAAAUUCCUCAUUUGUUUUAUUUUCAACUUACAGUUACAGGUGGUCUUGGCUGACCUUUAAAAACUUAUGUAAUGUAAUAAUGACACUACCAAAUGAAGGAAGAGUUU